CGAAGUUUUAUUUUAGUAGUACCUAGGGUUGUGGGGCUGGACGCAAGGCGGUGGAGUCGCCAUGGUUCACAAGAAGGAGAUGCUCAAGGUAAAUCCCAAGAUGUUCGGGCCCAAGGCACAGCCGUGCAUGAACGAGAUGAUGGCAUUUCUGGCCUGCCUCAAGAGGACCAAUUUCAACGACGAUCUGUGCAUCAAGGAGAAAGAAGCCCUGAAUGCUUGCGUUGAGUUCCAGGCCAGGGCGCCCAAAGUGAAGACCACCAUCAACUAUCACCUGCAGCGGCUUGGGAAAUACUUCAAAAAGUGAGAGCUGCAAACGGACCCUCUUUUCUUUCUUGGCUCCGGUUUCGAGCACACAAGAUCUGGCAUUUUGUCAUUUGUUAAGUAACUGAAAGGUAACGCGCCCUUGCGCGAUUCCGGCCAUAACGCUCUGCCACAGAACAAGCAUGAGAAGGCCUCCAGGCCCCCGGGAGAAUGAAACCGAUGGUGCGCCGGCGAGCUUUGGCACCCAUAGCGGCACUUGCACUGGUAGUCCUCGCAUGGAUUGUGUUGAUCCACAGUUCCAUUCUCCAAAACAAUGCCUUCACAUUCCUCCGAGGUGAGCGGUCGAAAGCAGCACGUUCCCUGCGCUUUCACCCCGUCAAGGAUUCCAAGAAUGGUACCAGCUACGUGUUCAUGUCCCAGAUCCAAGACACAAAUCGGACAGGGGUCCCCGAAUUCUUCUACUUCAACACCUCCGCCUCGUCCAGAGUCUUGUGCUUUAGAGGCAACAGCACCCGAGAUGGCACCAAGAACCUGUACGCAUUUGCUGAGCAGCAUGUGCCAGGGGACGCGCUGCUUCUGCCGGGAACAACCCUCGUCUCGGAUUCUCAUUUUGAUUUCGUCAACCCCUGGCAUUCUAUGUAUAACCUCAUCCAAUUCGUCCACUGGAGGAUGGACAGCCGCUGCCAACGGAGCGAUAGAAUGUUAAUCUUCCACCGGGGGGAGAUACGUCACGAUCUGGGAGCUUGGAUCCGGAGCGUCUUGGAUUCCAACGGUGUCACCACAGGCGUGGACACACUGAGGUACCAUCCAGAAGGCAGGGUGGUGUGCUUCCAAAGAGCAGUUGUGAGCAGGAGAGGUAUUGGGGGCGUUUCAGGGGCUGUGUUGAGGGACUUGUUCGAGCAGGUUCGGUGCCGGACCCGACAAUGGUGCGGAGUAGGCAGUGGGGUUAACGAUGACGACACGACCGUCCGUGUCGCGCUUGUGGCCCGAGAACGAGGGCGUGCCUUUGUCAACCUGAGUGAUUGGAAGCAUGCCGUCAAGCUCGUGUGUGAGGUGCGGCCCCAUUGCCAGUGGUCCGUCGUCUGGUUUUCAGCGCUUGAUUUCUGCUCCCAGGUAAAAAUAUGUCCAUGAC